CAACCAAAUACAAAUACUAAUAUUAAAAUCAUACUAUAAUCCCUUCAAUAUUCACCACUUCCAUUUUUCCUCUUAGAUGUUCAAAAAGAUAAGAGAUCAAUUUUAGACCUUGUUUCAGGUUAAGAUAAUAUGGCGAAAAUUCUGUUGCAUGGUGUUCUUCAUGUCACCAUUUAUGAGGCUAACAGACUUUUUGGUGGUGGUGGUGGCAAAUUUUUCCACAAGGUGGUGGAAGGGCUUGAAAGUGUAAUAGGAAAAGGUGCAGGAAAACUAUAUGCCUCAAUCGACAUAGAAGGAGCAAGAGUUGGCCGAACAAGGCUAGUAGAAAACGACUCGAACCCCCGGUGGUACGAACAGUUUCACAUCUGUUGCGCUCAUAUGGCCUCUGACAUUGUAUUUACUUUGAAAGAAGAUGAAGCCAUAGGUGCCACCCUUCUAGGCCGUGCUUAUCUUCCUGCCACAGACAUACUAGGUGGUGAAGAGGUUGAUACUUGGCUUGAUAUCCUAGACAAAGAUCACAAUCCAAUACAUAAAGGGUCUAAAGUCCAUGUUUUAGUUCAAUUCUUUGAUGUUACUAGAGAUUUGAAUUGGAAUAUAGGGAUCAAAACACCCAAAUUUCCUGGGGUACCCUACACUUAUUUCACUCAAAGGAAUGAAUGUAAGGUUACCUUAUACCAGGAUGCCCAUGUCCCUGACAACUUUGUCCCUAAGAUCCCUCUUUCGGGUGGGACUCACUAUGAGCCACAUCGGUGUUGGGAAGACAUCUUCGACGCUAUUACUAAUGCUAGGCACUUGGUUUACAUAGCAGGGUGGUCGGUUUAUACUAGUAUCACCUUAAUAAGAGAUACUAGGAGGCCAAAACCGGGUGGAGAUAUGACUUUAGGGGAGCUCCUUAAGAAGAAAGCAAUGGAAGGGGUAAGAGUUUUGAUGCUCAUUUGGGAUGAUAGGACUUCGGUUAAAGGGCUGCAUGAAGACGGACUAAUGGCCACCCAUGAUGAAGAGACGGCAAAAUAUUUUGAGGGUACAGAAGUGCAUUGUGUCUUAUGCCCUCGGAACCCUGAUAGUGGGAAGAGUUUCAUACAAAACAUUGAGAUUGGCACGAUGUUCACCCACCAUCAAAAGAUUGUUGCUGUUGACAGUGCAUUGCCUAGUCAGAGUUCUGAUAAAAGAAGAAUUGUGAGUUUUGUUGGAGGUAUCGAUCUUUGUGAUGGGCGUUAUGACACUCAAUUCCACUCCCUCUUUAGGACACUUUCAACAGCACACCAUGAUGAUUUCCAUCAGGCUAACUACAAGGGUGCCUCGAUCAACAAAGGUGGGCCACGAGAGCCAUGGCACGACAUUCAUUGUAAGCUAGAGGGGCCAGUUGCUUGGGAUGUUUUAUACAAUUUCGAGCAAAGGUGGAGGAAACAAGGUAUUAAGGAUAUUCUACUUGACGUCAGAGAAAUGAGCUCAGUUUUCAUUCCUCCUUCUCCUGUUUUUUUCCCUGAUGAUCAUGAAACUUGGAGUGCUCAAGUCUUUCGAUCCAUAGAUGGUGGGGCUGCCUUUGGCUUCCCUGAUUCCCCUGAAGAGGCUGCAAGAGCAGGACUUGUAAGUGGGAAAGAUGGUGUCAUUGAUAGAAGUAUUCAAGAUGCAUAUAUUCAUGCUAUAAGAAGAGCAAAGAGGUUCAUUUACAUAGAAAAUCAGUACUUCGUAGGAAGCUCAUAUGGUUGGAGAGCAACUGAUAUAAAACCUAAUGCUAUUGAAGCUCUGAAUCUUAUUCCUAAAGAACUUUCCUUAAAGAUUGUUAGUAAGAUUGAAAAAAAUGAAAGAUUCACUGUGUAUGUUGUUUUACCAAUGUGGCCUGAGGGUUUUCCCGAGAGUGCUUCAGUUCAGGCUAUACUUGAUUGGCAGAAGAGAACUAUGGAAAUGAUGUACACUGAUGUGAUUCAAGCCCUUCGAGCUCAGGGGAUCGAGGCUGACCCCAGGGACUAUCUUACAUUCUUUUGUCUUGGAAACCGUGAGAUCAAGAAACCAGGUGACUAUGAGCCUGCUGAUAGCCCGGAACCUAACACUGAUUAUAGCCGAGCACAGGAAGCUCGAAGGUUCAUGAUCUAUGUUCAUGCUAAGAUGAUGAUAGUUGAUGACGAGUACAUAAUUGUUGGUUCUGCCAACAUAAACGAGAGGUCAAUGAAUGGAGCCAGAGACUCAGAGAUAGCCAUGGGAGCUUACCAACCAUACCACAUAUGCAGCAGAAAUGAACCAGCAAGAGGUCAAGUCCAUGGUUUCAGAAUGUCUUUGUGGUACGAGCAUUUAGGCAUGCUUGAUAACGCGUUCCUUGAACCAGAAAGUUUAGAAUGUGUAAGGAAAGUGAACCAAACCGCGACCAAGUACUGGGAUUUAUACACUUCUGAGGCCUUAGAAUAUGAUCUUCCUGGACAUUUGCUCAAGUAUCCUAUUAGUAUCACUGAAGAAGGAGAAGUGGUUGAGCUUCCUGGAUGGGAUUGUUUCCCUGAUACUAAAGCUAGAGUUAUUGGCACUAAAUCUGAAACUCUUCCUCCAAUUCUUACCACUUAACCAAAACCAAAAAAAAUCAGAAUUACUACUAUGAUAAUAAGGCUUGGUUAUGUUAUGUAUGUUGAUUAUAUGUGGUGAAAAUAGUCAUAAGUUGAAUAUUUGUUGUACUGAUUUUUGUACCUUCUAUAUAUUACUUGUAAUAAAAUUGAGGUAUGUACUUUUGA